AUGGGCAUAUUCGCAAGGAAGACAAGUUGGACGCCCGAGCAGAUCCCUGAUCAGACGGGGAAGGUCGUGGUCGUGACUGGCGGAAAUGCCGGUAUUGGUUAUGUAACCUGCAAACACAUCGCCCGCCGCGGGGCCAGGAUCUACAUCGCUUCCCGCUCCCUCGACCGCACCCUCCCCGCCAUCGCCUCACUAAAGGAAGAAACGGGGAACGAGAACAUCCACCACCUCCCCCUCGACCUAACCUCCCUCUCCUCCAUCCGCUCCGCCGCUACCACAUUCCUCGGCUCAGAAUCCCGUUUGGACAUUUUGAUCAAUAAUGCCGGUAUCAUGCUCACACCGUAUGGGUUGACAAAAGACGGCUACGAACUCCAAUUCGGGACGAAUCACGUGGGACAUUACGCGUUUACGCAUCUCCUCCUCCCUACGCUCCUCCGUACCGCUGCACUCCCCGACUCCAUACCUGGCUCCGUUCGCGUGGUCAGUAUUGCGAGCGAGGGUCACCGUGGUGCGCCGUCGUGUGGAAUUGAUUUUGGGGACGUGAAUCUGGAAAAAUCGAAUCCCGCAACUCGCUACGGACAAUCCAAACUCGCCAACAUCCUGCACGCACGCGCACUCCACAACCACUACCACGCAUCCCCAGGCUCUCCAAUUUUCGUGUCCGUCCAUCCCGGCGUGAUCUACACUGAUCUCUACAAAGAACUCUCCGGUCCGGGCGUUGUCUCGACUCUUCUUUCUCCGUUUAUGUGGCUAGCGAAAAAGUCUCCGCUAUUUAUAUCGUUGGAGGAGGGAGCCUGGACGCAGUUGUAUGCCGCUACGGCCCCGGGGGUGGAGAGUGGAAGUUAUUUGGAGGCGUUGUGCAGUGUGGGGACGCCGACGAGACAGGGGAGGGAUGAGGGGUUGGCGGAGAAGCUUUGGGAGUGGAGUUUGGCGGAGCUGGAGAGGCAUGGGAUCAAGGCGGAUGCGGAGGCGAAGCCAACGCCGGGGCUGGCCGAGGAGGAGUAA